ACCCCGGGCCAGACUGACACUUUCCGGAGCCUGCCCUAGACGGAACUCGAGCCGAGGAAUCAUAGGUCCAGGCGGUGUCGAAAUGGGUCUAUAGCUCUGCCUGAACUGUCGUCCAAUUGGUUUACAAGUCCGGCUGAAGUGACAGGCCAUCAAAAACUGUACAGUGUGACUGAUUCGGAGACGGCCCUCAACACUCGCCCAGUCGUGUCGAGAGGAUCGGUGUCUUUGCAGAUUACACGGAAUUGAGCACCCGGGCCAGACUGACACUUUCCGGAGCCUGCCCUAGACGGAACUCGAGCCGAGGAAUCAUAGGUCCAGGCGGUGUCGAAAUGGGUCUAUAGCUCUGCCUGAACUGUCGUCCAAUUGGUUUACAAGUCCGGCUGAAGUGACAGGCCAUCAAAAACUGUACAGUGUGACUGAUUCGGAGACGGCCCUCAACACUCGCCCAGUCGUGUCGAGAGGAUCGGUGUCUUUGCAGAUUACACGGAAUUGAGCACCCGGGCCAGACUGACACUUUCCGGAGCCUGCCCUAGACGGAACUCGAGCCGAGGAAUCAUAGGUCCAGGCGGUGUCGAAAUGGGUCUAUAGCUCUGCCUGAACUGUCGUCCAAUUGGUUUACAAGUCCGGCUGAAGUGACAGGCCAUCAAAAACUGUACAGUGUGACUGAUUCGGAGACGGCCCUCAACACUCGCCCAGUCGUGUCGAGAGGAUCGGUGUCUUUGCAGAUUACACGGAAUUGAGCACCCGGGCCAGACUGACACUUUCCGGAGCCUGCCCUAGACGGAACUCGAGCCGAGGAAUCAUAGGUCCAGGCGGUGUCGAAAUGGGUCUAUAGCUCUGCCUGAACUGUCGUCCAAUUGGUUUACAAGUCCGGCUGAAGUGACAGGCCAUCAAAAACUGUACAGUGUGACUGAUUCGGAGACGGCCCUCAACACUCGCCCAGUCGUGUCGAGAGGAUCGGUGUCUUUGCAGAUUACACGGAAUUGAGCACCCGGGCCAGACUGACACUUUCCGGAGCCUGCCCUAGACGGAACUCGAGCCGAGGAAUCAUAGGUCCAGGCGGUGUCGAAAUGGGUCUAUAGCUCUGCCUGAACUGUCGUCCAAUUGGUUUACAAGUCCGGCUGAAGUGACAGGCCAUCAAAAACUGUACAGUGUGACUGAUUCGGAGACGGCCCUCAACACUCGCCCAGUCGUGUCGAGAGGAUCGGUGUCUUUGCAGAUUACACGGAAUUGAGCACCCGGGCCAGACUGACACUUUCCGGAGCCUGCCCUAGACGGAACUCGAGCCGAGGAAUCAUAGGUCCAGGCGGUGUCGAAAUGGGUCUAUAGCUCUGCCUGAACUGUCGUCCAAUUGGUUUACAAGUCCGGCUGAAGUGACAGGCCAUCAAAAACUGUACAGUGUGACUGAUUCGGAGACGGCCCUCAACACUCGCCCAGUCGUGUCGAGAGGAUCGGUGUCUUUGCAGAUUACACGGAAUUGAGCACCCGGGCCAGACUGACACUUUCCGGAGCCUGCCCUAGACGGAACUCGAGCCGAGGAAUCAUAGGUCCAGGCGGUGUCGAAAUGGGUCUAUAGCUCUGCCUGAACUGUCGUCCAAUUGGUUUACAAGUCCGGCUGAAGUGACAGGCCAUCAAAAACUGUACAGUGUGACUGAUUCGGAGACGGCCCUCAACACUCGCCCAGUCGUGUCGAGAGGAUCGGUGUCUUUGCAGAUUACACGGAAUUGAGCACCCGGGCCAGACUGACACUUUCCGGAGCCUGCCCUAGACGGAACUCGAGCCGAGGAAUCAUAGGUCCAGUAUAAGAGGUGAACAGUGAGAAUGCAGCAACCGGCAUAUAAGUUCGACGAGGAUUCAAUAAAGUGCCCAAUGUGUUCGAAGCAUUUCGUGAAUCCCCGUUUACUUCCGUGUCUUCAUUCGUUCUGCAAGAACUGUCUCAUCACGCACAUCCAAAAUGGCGGACAAAAUUCAGACCGGAAGUUGAAAGACCCGCGCGCUAGUCCAACAAAGGUGACUAAUACUACGGGUGAUCAUUCUCCCCAAACUUCUGAAAAAGAAGGGAGCACUUUGAAAGCUGGAAGUAGCGAAAAGGGAAAACCAGGCCCGCGCAGCAAAUCUCCGCAGAUUUCUGCAUCUGGGACGCAGGAAAAUCAUGCAAAGGAAGAUAAACCCCCAAACCUACUUUCUAAGCCUACCGAAACGCGCGACUCUAACAAUAGAGGUUUGCAAAAUACAAAAGCCUCUGGUGCGCUGCAGCCAACUGGGACAAAAUAUACCACGGGCGACAAGGGAUUUCCGUGUCCCUGUUGCAAAAAGUUCACGACAACUCCACAGCUCCCGAAGACGAGUCCUGAUAAAUGGUCUGACUUGUUUCCAGAGAACAAUAUGUUGGCGGACCUUGUCGAUUUACAUUCCCUGAAACUCGGUACUCGAGUAUGCGAUCCGUGCAAGCGGAACCAGACAACCAGCCAGGUGACAUCGUAUUGCAAGAACUGCCACGAUGCCCUGUGUGCCUCCUGCGCGUUGACGCACAAGGGCCUUCGGUCGUGCCGCACUCAUAAGGUCCUUAGCACGGCACAAUUCGCAGAGGCGAUAAACUCGCUGAAAGUUGAAGAAGAGUUUUGUUCGACACACGAAGGGAAAUUGCUCGAAAAGUUCUGCCAGAGUCACGCCGUGCUGUGUUGUACCCAGUGCAUUACCGACAGCCACCGCCACUGCGAGAAGACGGCCUCUGUCGCAGAUGUUGUCCAGAAGGCACACGAUAUCGGGGAAGUCACGUCUUUACAGACAGUCCUCGAUAAGUACAGGGACCAUGUGGAUGUCGUCUUGAAAGACAGAACGGGACUGGUCAAAAGGUUGGACGCAAAGAAAGGAAAACUGUUGAACGAGUUCGUGAAAGUUAAGAGCCAUAUUGUAUCUCAGCUCGAGAAAAUGGAAAAGGACCUGAAAACGAUUCUGGAUGCUACGCACAAACAACAGGCGAUGAAAAUACAACAGGAGGCCAGCAAGUGUCGGGAUAUACAGUCAGGUAUUGUGAACACACGCCGAUACCUACAAAUAGCCGACCAGCACGGUUCCAAUUCGCAGAUCAUCGCCACGAUUGAAAAGGUCAAGGCCGAAUGCGAAUACUACGAGGAGAGUAUAAACAUCCUCUGCUCCCGUUUGCGAGUGGUCGACUAUGACAUCGCACUAGACAACUCCUUGCAACAGGUCAUGAAGAGACUCAACCAGUUUGGGCGCAUUGACGUCAAUACGACCCCGACUAAUCUUCCUGCGCCGCCCAAACUUGCGGCGACACUGGGGCUGCAGAGUUUUAGUACGAAAGCAAAGGCCGUCAAGCCAAUGUAUACGUUGUCUGGACGAAAUGCCAACGAAAUUGGAGAGUUCUGCGCUCGCUUUGAAGACGAUGAUCAAGAUUGCUGGUUAACGGGGGCGCUUUUUCUUGCAGACGGCCAUAUACUACUGGCGGACAGGACAAACCGGAAGUUGAAAUUAUUUACGAGUAGUUUUAGCCCUGUGAUGCAGCUGGCGUUGUCUUCAAAACCAUGGGAUGUGACGGGAACGUCCGACAGGGAGGUGGCCGUAUCGCUACCAGCUGAGUGCAGGAUCCAGUUUGUAGCCGUCGAAGGCAGCAGCCUGGUUCCCAUUCGAACGAUAUCAACUGACGAGCCGUGUUUCGGAGUUUGCUACGCGGACGGCAAAAUCCUCACGGUGACGUAUGACGGUGAUCCGCCAAACUUAAAGGUUCUGUCCACCACGGGCAAGGAACUUACCUACGUUUGCGUAGACGACGACGGGUUUCCGCUGUUUUCGAAACCCGUUUACGUUACAUGCACGCCAAAAGCGGAACAGAUUUACGUCUCGGAUGAGCGACUUGGCUGUGUUGUAAUCCUAAAGGAAACUGGUGAACUGAAUUUCGCUUAUUCCGCAAUGGACUUGGGGAACGCCGCUGGGUUGGCUAUUGACACGGAGGGCAAUAUUUACGUUUGCGGAGCCAAUUCGAACAGCGUUCAUGUGGUGUCACCGAGUGGCGAGCGCGUCAAAGUGCUUGUGACGGGCGAUAACAUUUCGUACCCUCGUGCUGUCGCGUACAACGCGCGAGAAAAGAAACUCCUCGUCACCCAGGGCGACCAAGACUACGUGAAAGUGUAUAAUCUUGCUUAACAUCAGAAAAAUUCGUGUUGAUAUAUUGUUAUAUGUAAAUAACUAUCUUUGAACUCAUACUAGCUGUGAGCAGCUUUGACUUCGUGUGCAUCAACACACACCGUAAUACUGUUUACAUCCGUUGUGUACCGGUAAUGCUUCGAAGGGAGAUUAAGAUACUUAGAAAAUAUAAAUAACGUCCACAUAUUGAUUUUAUAUUUAUCAUAUUUAU